AUCCUGUUCUGCCACCUACUGUGCUACGCUCUAUCUACCCCACAUCAGUUUUUAUCUCUGGGUAAUUUUUCACUUCUCAAGUCGGACAACAGUGUUUCUUAAGAGUGUGUGACACAAUAAUAAUUUUCUUUUGUAAUAUAGCAAAUAGAAAAAGUAUAUUAAAAGUCUCCAUAAUGACAAAAUCUCCGAAAAAAUCCCACCAACCGCCAUCCAGAUCGAUGAGCAAACAAGACGAAAUCCUGGAAGACCAAAACCGAUAUUUCGCCAACUAUGGCAAAAAGAAAUUGUCCAAGUGGGAAUUGAUGUCGUUGUUUUUGUGGAAUCCCGAAACCAAAGCCGUAAUGGGCAGAACUGGAUCCAGCUGGUCAAAAAUCGGCCUAUUCUACCUCAUCUUCUACGCAAUGCUGGCAGCACUGAUAGCAAUUUGCAUGUGGGUCUUUCUGCAAACCUUAAACCCGAGAAUCCCCAAAUGGCAACUGGACCAAUCGAUUAUCGGCACCAAUCCCGGAUUGGGCUUCAGACCGAUGCCUGACAACAUGGAGAGCACCCUCAUUUGGUUCCAGGGUACCAACAAGAGCAACUAUCAACCUUGGGUUAACAAACUCAAUAACUUUUUAGAAACUUAUUAUACUCCAAGUAAAAUCGCCAAAGGCAGUGGGCAAAUUAAGCCUUGUUCACAUUCAGACUUUCCUCGUGAAAAUGAAGUUUGCGAAGUGGAUGUUAGACAAUGGGGCAAAUGCAACAAAGACGAUUCGUAUGAUUAUCAGAGGAGUUCGCCGUGUAUUUUUUUAAAAUUGAACAGAAUCUAUGGUUGGACUCCGGAAUAUUACAUGGAAAACGAUGAACUUCCAAAAGAAAUGCCUAAGCAGUUAAAGGAACAUAUUUUGAAUAUUACUAUUCCAAACCAAAGAAGAAACGUUUGGAUUUCUUGCCAAGGUGAAAAUCCAGCCGACAGAGAAUAUAUAGGAAGUCUCACCUAUUAUCCCAAAAACUUUCAAGGAUUUCCGGGAUAUUAUUUUCCUUAUUUGAACAAGGAAGGUUACUUAAGUCCCCUUGUGGCUGUGAGAUUUGAAAGAGCACAACCUGGUGUAGUAAUCAAUGUAGAAUGUCGUGCCUGGGCCAAAAACAUCAAGUACAGUCGAGGUGAUCGAAUAGGCUCAGUACAUUUUGAGUUACUCAUUGAUUAAAGAAGAAUUUUAGUUUUUUUGAAUCUCAUUCGAAUGCAUUUUAAUUUAUUUGAGAAAAUCCUGCUCAGGUUUAUUGGACAAUUUUCCAUUUAUACUGCCUCAAAAUGUGUCUUAUCUAAUUAUUGUAUAACAUGCAUAUAUUUUUACACUGGGACUAUAAUUAUUGCUUAUAUUGCAUCGAUAUAAAACCCACAGUCUCAAAUUUUGAUUGUGUAAAUGUAAAUACUUUCUCAUUAUUUAUAAAGAAAAUAUAGUAGUUGUACUUGUAUUAGUGUCAAGAUUGAUUCAGAUUGUGAGUAUUUUAGAUUUGUUUGAAAUUUUGAUGGCACUGUAAGCUUUAAAAAAAUAAAAGAAAAUGUUUCAAGAUAUUCGGCAAUAAAAAACUGAUAAGUAAUUAAUACAAGCAUAUGUAAGAGUUCAUUGGUAGGUAACUUUUCAUUUGACAUAAAGGGCAUUUUCUUUAUACAUUUUUAAACAUUGUUCUUUGAGUUUUUUAUUGUCGUCUGAGACGUCUGAUUAAACUUCGAGUAGCGCUGCAGCCUAUGGUGCUGGAUCUUCCUAUUUACUGACGGUUCUCGAGUUCUUGAUUAACUCUGACAUUUAUUGAUUAUUCUGUGACAUUCAAUUAUCAAUUAAAUUGUGGCUUUUUUCAUUGUGUCUAUUGUUAGGUUCCCAGUAGUGUUUGUUGGUUACAUAUGGCAAUACCACGCAAUACUUAUUAUACACAUGGAUAGUAUAUUCUUCAAUUAAAGCUUAGAAAGCUAUGCUUUCACCCAUGUUUCG